GAAGUCUUGGUGCUGCUAAACCCUAACUUCCCAGGAUUUCUGAGUUUGUUAUGACAGUGAUUGUACAGUGGAACGAAGCAUUUAACCAAGUGGAAACCUGGCUGGAUUAUCGCUUUUGAACACGACGGUUUGCAUUUAUUUUCUGAAUUACUCGGCACUGAAAGACACCGUUCUUGAUUUAGUUUUUAACUUGAUCUAAUUGCAGCUAUUUGAACUGCUUUUCGGUAGGUUUCGUUUCUUCAGUUUUGGUCUUGCUGAAGAAGGGCUAUUUACAGGUUAGAAAAGAAAGUAUUGGAGUUGCAGAAUGGAAGAAGACGAGUUAGACUAUGACGACGUGAAAUUAGUAGCAGAAGUAAACGAGGAUUUGACACAGCUGCUGAAGUACAAGGUGUACAGACGGAGAUGGUUCCUCCUGCUUGUGACCUGUAUCCUGAACAGUUCCAAUGCGAUGUUAUGGCUGAGUUUUGCCCCUGUUGCUGACCAGACUGCUAAGUACUUUGAUCUUUCCUUGGACCAAGUGAACUGGUUGUCUCUGAUAUUCAUGGUUGUAGCUAUUCCUGUUGGGUUUGGAACCACGUGGAUGCUUGACACUUUGGGACUGCGAACUUCAUUGAUCCUGAGCUCCUGGUUGAACAUGACUGGUAGUAUUCUGCGUUUCCUCAGUAUUCUUGAUAACAUCCCUGUAGGACUGAGACACUACCCUCUUUUGAUGGUCGGGCAGACGCUGUGUGCCUUGGCACAGCCACUGGUCAUCUUCUCACCCACCAAACUGGCAGCAGUUUGGUUUCCAGAGAAUCAGAGAGCCACUGCCAAUAUGAUCGCCUCCAUGUCUAACCCUUUGGGAAUUCUGUUUGCCAAUAUCUUUUCACCGAUGAUUGUUGGAAGUAAAGAAAAAAUACCAGAACUGCUGGGAAUUUAUACCAUUCCAGCUGCCAUCGUCUGUCUCCUAGCCACUAUGGGGAUACGUAGCAGAGUUCCUCCAACUCCCCCUUCCAGCAGUGCUCUGGCUUCCAGCUCUGAGCCCUUCCUGGCUGGAGUGAAACUGCUGGUAAGAAACAAGCCAUACAUGAUCUUGUUGACAUGUUUUGGGGCUGGAGUUGGUAUUUUCACCAGUUUUUCCACACUCCUACAGCAGAUUCUAUGUGUCAAAGGAUACUCAAAUGACCUUGCAGGGCUGUGUGGAGCGUUGUUCGUUGUGUUUGGAAUACUCGGUGCCUUCAUCCUCGGGCUGUACGUGGACCGGACAAAGAAAUUCAUAGAAGUCACCAAAAUCAGCUUCUGUCUGGCUGCACUGGCCAGCAUUGCUUUUGCUGUGGUAUCUCAGAUGAGGAACCAGGGCAUUGCAGUGGCUGUGGUCUCUUCACUGUUUGGAAUGUUUGGGUUUGCUAUCUACCCAAUCAGUAUGGAGCUUGCUGUAGAGUGUUCUUAUCCAAUCGGGGAGGCAACAUCUACAGGUAAAAUUACUAUAAGCGCACAGAUACAGGGAAUUGUCUUUAUCAUGCUUUUUCAACUGUUAACCAAGCAGCUGGCUGAUGAUCCGCGAUACAUCUGUGCUCUGAGUUGGAGAGUCCCAACCCUGGUGAUGGCAGCUUUUUGCUCUGCGGGAGCCUGCCUUUUUGUGAUCUUUUUCCACACGGAAUACAAGAGACUCAAAGAGGAAGCAGUGGCAACCCGCAGCCAGGCUGUUGCACAGAAUAAUGAAAUAGAUGAAGAAGCAGAGCCAGAGUUACUGCAGGCAUAGGAUCAAACUUCACUUGGUUUUAUUGAAAACCCUGUUGUGUAGGUUAUUUUAUUUAUAGUUUUGUAAAUUUUUUAUUAUCUUAGCUCAAGACAAGAAAUGGUACUUCGUUAGCAUGCUGAAAUAGGUCAAGGUUAUUCAGUGCUCACAUUUCCUACAAUGCACAUAGUAUGAUUACAAGCAGCUCUGCCAAGGGUAGGCACACUGGGCUCUUCUAGUUCAUUCCAUUGCUAGACUUUGUUCAAACACAUACUUACAUUUUUUUUAAUUGCCCCUACUGACUUGGACUGGACUGGGAAAGUCAGGUCACCUACCCUGCUUGCAUUCCAGAGAAGCAGUGUCCUCAUUUGGUGUUUUAUAACCACCCCAUUUUUUCGAAAAACAAAAUACUCUCUGUAACACCACUGUUGUAAAGCAGUGUUUUUUUUUUUUUUUUUUUUUUUUAAACACCUGUUUAAUAAUAUGUUUAAUCCAACUGUGAAAUGUUGACAUUCUUACCGUAGGUACAACCACAGCUAAAAUGUGGGGUGGGGUGGGGUGGUGGGCAUUCAAUUUUGUGUGUUGAAAAUAUGUACAUUGAUUUUUCAUAGGACUGUGGGGUUUCUCAGUGUACACUAGCAGUAAAAUAAUCAAAACUAACAUUCUGUAAAUUAAUGUCCUCAAUAAAACACUUUUGCAUGCAGACUGCUGCAUAUCUUUCUUGGUGAACAUGGAGAAUGGCUAAAAUAUUCAGUUUGUCUUACAUCAUGGUGUUACAGUAUUUAAAUAUUAACAUCUAUUAAACAAUUUUGGCAGCUGUGACAGCACUGUUUUGUUAGUCAAAAACAUUGUUUUGUAUAUCUCAUACUUCAUAAUUAGGGCUGUAUUUUAGUCUAAAAUAGUUAUUGCAAGAUCUUUCAUGAUUUAAACAUAAUAUUUAUUAAAUCAGAACAAAAAUAGCAUUGUCACAUUCAAAAUUCAUAAUUCUCUCAAGCAUACAACAAAUGUUCUAAAUAUUUAAAUGCUUACCUGAAAAACAGGAAAUGCUAAAUGUUUAACAUUUUGUUUUUUAUGUUUAAAAGACAUUCUAAUGGCUGAUAAGAUGAUUUAGCCUAUACAUAUUUUUAUUUAUUUUUUACUUUCAAUGAUAUCACCAUACACUAAUGCAGUUUUUCUUUU